GACUGGAGCCUAACGACCAUUAUUUCGUCAUCAUUUGUAACCAUGGAGCAUGAAUUACCUCUUGAAGUCAUCAGUGAGGAUUUACGACUGGUCAACAAAGGCACGUGAUUCCCGAACGCUCUCCCAUAUUUGGCCGCAUACCUGGCAAAGUACAGUAGGGCUUCAUUGCUUAUAAUUCAUGAUUGCAUCCAUAAAUCGUGCAAGCACACAGGAUUAUAGCGACAAAGAUCUACAAAUCGAGGCUUUAAAAAUCCAAGCAAAUGAGCUCUUACUUUGUAAACUCGUUCUCAGGGCGCUAUCCAAAUGGCUCCGACUAUCAGUUACUAAAUUAUGGGACUAACGGCGCUGUGAGCGGCUCCUUCAGAGACCCUGGCACCAUGCACUCCGGGUCUUUCGGCUACAACUACAAUGGCAUGGACCUAACCGUGAACCGCACCAACACCGGCAGCCACUUCGGGGCCGUGAGAGAGGAUGCCCGGGGAUUCGCGCCAGACGCCCGCUACAGACAGACACCCAACUGCUCGCUGUCCUCUCCAGAUCCGGGGCCGCCGUCGUGCGCCACGGCCAACCGGGAGCCGCUGGAACUAAAAAGCCCCUCUCCUCCUUCUGACCGGAGCUCGACCUCGAGCGGCAACAAUCUCAACACUAACAACAACGCUCAUUUCACGGAGAUAGAGGACGCCACCGUCGCCUCAGAGACCGAGGAAGGCGCACACAGCAGCGGCGGCUCCAGCUCGGCUCCUCGGGCGCAGCAGCACCAAGACCCCAGCGCCACCUCCUCCACUCCCACAUCAAACGAUUGCCAAUCGCCACAAAUAUUCCCCUGGAUGCGGAAACUGCACAUAAGCCAUGAUAUGACUGGACCUGAUGGGAAAAGGGCCCGAACCGCGUACACCCGGUACCAGACGCUAGAGCUGGAGAAAGAGUUUCACUUCAAUAGGUACCUGACCAGGCGGCGGAGGAUAGAGAUAGCCCACGCCCUGUGUCUCUCCGAAAGACAGAUCAAAAUCUGGUUUCAGAACCGCAGGAUGAAGUGGAAGAAGGACAAUAAACUGAAAAGCAUGAGUCUUGUAACAGGAGGCAGCGCCUUCCACAACUGAAUAACUUUUGGUGGAGAGUAAAAAAAAUAAUAAUAACAAUAAUCAUAAUUG